UAACACGAGGAGCUUAUGCGGUGGGGUCCGGACAACGAGAGGAACGAGAAGGAGGGGAACAUAGAACUGUACGAACGACAGACUGCAUUCCGUAGUGCUCACGCGAAUGCAGUUCCGAGGAGAGGUUCUCGCACGACAUCUUAUCUCGGCGAAGAUUCGCAUCUACGACUCAUUUGUACCGUUGCCUUGCAUUUCUCUCUGGAUCUGUCUCCUUCCGUCAAAGAAGUCGACGUUAUCCUUCGUAACACACCCUUUGAAGAUCGACUGUACAAAGAAGAAAAAGCGAAAGGUCAUCGAGACAUGGCAGAAAUGAAAGUAUUCACGCGGAACGAGAUAAAAAAAAACGACGAUAAGGAUAAAGUCCUUUUCAUCUUGCACGACAAAGUAUACAACGUCCGCAGCUUUCUCAAUGAGCAUCCGGGUGGAGAGGAGAUCCUAUUGGAACACAAAGGCAUAGACGCUUCCGAAGACUUCGACGACGUCGGGCAUUCGAAAGACGCGAUGGAACUGAUGAAGACGUACCAGGUCGGUGUAAUCGCUGAUUCGGAAAGGAUGAACAAACUGCCGAAAAAAGGCUGGACAUCGGGAUACGUGAAGGAAACGGAAAAGAACGUUCAAGGAUUCAGCCUGUCUUCUUAUCUACUCAUGGGUGGAAUCGCGCUCGUAGCGGUCCUCUUUUUUUACGUGUAUUAACCGAUCCGUUGGAAUUAAUUCGGGAAAAUGCUGUGACCGUGACA